UUUAACGGGUAAGAAUAUAUCGCGGAGAGUUCGAUCUUCGUUUAAAGCAUAGGUCCAUAGUUAGAGGCCAUAGAUACGUACAUAAUUAGGCAGAAAAAACCUGGGUGCAUGAAAGAGACAAAAAAAGGGAGCAACAUUUUUGGGUUAUAGGGUUUUAAAACUUGAUUCUUGGCCUCGCCGGAUAGACUCAGAACCUGGCGUAAUCUGUACGCACAUACAUAUAUCCGUACAAAAAUGAACGAAAUUGAGUAGAAUGAUACACGUAAAAUUUGCAAUAUGAACAUCAGAAUUUUCAUAGAUAAAAACAUAACCUAAUCAUGGAGUAUUUAGGGGAAAUAAUUGCGCUUGGAGUAGAUGGGAUAAUUUUUGGUAUAUGUUUGAAGCAGUAUUAUCACUGUAAGAAUGCUCUCACCGCCGUUAAGGGCGCAGAGUUUUACGAUGUCGGCACAGACCUUGGCAAGAUACUUGACAACACGUCAGGUCAAAAAUUGGAUUACGUAGCGAUAAGAGGAAUCGUCAAGCCGCUUGGCGAGCCUCUCUAUAGUGUCAAAAACAAAGACCUAGCAGGUGUCGUUCAAAAAUUAAGCGUCAAGGAACAUGUCGUCGCUCGAACCACAACUGGUUUCUGGUCAGAUCAAGAGCGAACGAUACAAGAAGUCUACAACAAUGUACCAUUUGUAUUGCGACAUGGUAGUUACAAUGUCGAAGUAGUGGAUGCGCUUGCUGCGGAAAUACUAGAUAUGGACACUAUAUCGGAUCACUUUGAACCGAGUGUACCAACAUUUACAGAUCACCUUUGGGGUUUUUUUACAGGGGUUCGCCAGAGAGGUCUCCAAUCGACUGAAGAGAUGCUGAGAGAUGGGGCGAUUAUCACUGGCAUAGGGGAAUUGUCGAAAACGGUUGCUCGAUCAGGAGGUAUUAGAUUACAACCACCGCUCAAUGGGACACCCUAUUACCUGACCAGCAUGUCCAUUACCUCGCUUCUGAGGAAACUGGAUGAUCGAAAAAAAACAUACUGGUGGUUGUGUGUGAUGUUUGGCGGGAUUGGCCUUCUGAUCAGCGGAAUAGUAGUAAGGAGGUACUGGAAGGAUAGAGAAGAAGAAAGAUUGGCCAAAGAAUUGCGGGAAUCGUUAGCUGCGUCACGUAAAGAAAGAAGACAGAGAGUGAGAGACAAAGAUUUGCGAGAAGAUCAGAUCUGCGUUGUAUGUCGCUCGAAUCCAAAAGAAAUCAUUUUACUUCCAUGUGGGCACGUCUGUCUGUGUGAAGAUUGCGCCGAAGGUAUUAUUACUCAAUGCCCUGUAUGCAGAACAACCAUUUCGCAAAAAAAUCCCGCAUAUUUUAUAUAGUCAUGAAUUUUUGUGAAAAAUUGACAUUAUAUACAAUUUCGCAUGUAUACAUUUUUUUUAACGAUUAAAGAUAUUUAGUUGGAGAAAACAACACUGUCAAGUCUUUCUAGUUACCGUAGCUAUCCAAAAGUCAGAUGAUUGUAUUGCAUCAGAUUCCCCUUGAUUAUUAGAAUUUGAAUAUUUAAGCCAAAUGGGCAGCAGCGUUUCAUAACACCACCUUAUGACUUAUGGGCUUUCACUUCAUCAAACGGUAAUGAGCUCACUCAA